GCUUACUGUAAAAAAAUUUUAAAAAUUGGAGCAGUUUCAGUAAGGGCUUGUGCGUACGGUAAUGGCUGCAGCUCUGAAGGCGACUUGCUUUCUUCAGCGAAAGACCGAUUCCAGUUGCUCAGGACGACGUUUAUCCUUCGCCUUUCCUACGAGCAAAUCGUUUAAGUAUAAGCCUCCGAUGGCCGCACUUACCACUUCCCCGACUCUUUCCAUCUCCGAAACUUUCACCAAAUUGAAGCAGCGCGGCGAGGUGGCGCUGAUACCAUAUAUAACUGCUGGCGAUCCUGACCUAUCAAUCACAGCUGAAGCACUGAAAAUCCUUGAUUCAUCUGGCUCUGACAUCAUAGAAUUAGGAGUUCCUUACUCGGAUCCUCUGGCUGAUGGCCCUGUUAUCCAGGGUGCAGCCACCCGUGCAUUGGCCAAAGGAACCACCUUUGAGAAGAUCAUUGAUAUGUUGAAGGAUGUGGUUCCUCAAUUAUCGUGCCCAAUUGCACUAUUCACAUAUUAUAACCCAAUACUUAAGCGUGGUGUGGAAAAGUUCAUGACCACCUUGAAAGAUACUGGAGUGCAUGGAGUAGUUGUUCCGGAUGUCCCUCUCGAGGAGACUCAGAUAUUGAGGAAAGAAGCUUCUAGCAAAAAUAUAGAACUGGUGCUGCUUACCACUCCCACCACGCCUGCUGAGCGAAUGAAAGCCAUUGCUGAGGCUUCAGAAGGAUUUCUCUACCUUGUAAGUUCAGUGGGAGUGACAGGAGCAAGGUCAUCUGUUAGCCAGAGGGUGGAAUCUCUUCUCCGUGACAUCAAAGAGUCGACAAACAAGCCAGUGGCAGUUGGUUUUGGCAUAUCUAAACCAGAACAUGUGAAACAGGUAGCUGAAUGGGGAGCUGAUGGUGUCAUUGUUGGUAGUGCCAUUGUGAGGCUAUUGGGCGAAGCAAAGUCGCCAGAACAAGGGUUGAAAGAAUUGGAGACAUUCACUAAAAGCUUAAAAGCUCCGCUGAUAAAAUAAUUGGAAUUAUUUUGGUUUCGUUUGGUCUGGAUUAUUGGAUUGGCGAAAGUGUUUUCGAUUAUUUCAUGCCCCUAAAGAUUUGGAGAGAGGGAAAGACGGAAGAUAAUGUUUACUUUGAAUUUUAGUUUUAAAUUUGAUGAAAGUCAUACAGGAGGUUCAUCGAUUGA